AUGCAAGAGACUAAUCAGUCUUCUGUGACUGAAUUCAUCCUUCUGGGUUUCUCCUUCAGCCCCAAAACCACUCCUCUAUUUUUCUCAGCCUUCCUGACAACCUACUUGUUGAUCAUUCUGGGCAAUGGUGUAAUCAUCAUCCUCAUCUCCCUGGACUCACACCUCCACACACCCAUGUACUUCUUCAUCGUCACCCUUUCCAUGUUAGAUCUGGGCUAUACCACCACAACUAUGCCCCAGAUGUUGGCACAUCUGGCAAGCCAGAAAAAGACUAUCUCUUUUGCCAGCUGUGUGGCCCAAAUGUACAUUUUCUUGGUGUUAGGCAUUACUGAGUCCUGGCUCUUUGCCAUCAUGUCUAUAGACAGGUAUGUGGCCAUCUGCCACCCACUCAGGUACAAGGUCGUCAUGAGCCCAUGGCUGUGUAGGGUAAUGGUCUUGUUCUGUGGACUCUGGGGUGUCGCCUCUGCUCUUGUCUACACUGUUUUUGCCAUGCGUCUGCCCUACUGUGGUCCCAACAAGAUCAACCACUUCUUCUGUGAAGUCCCUGCUGUCUUGAAGCUGGCCUGUGCAGACACCUCAGUCAACGACCAGGUAGACUUCAUUCUUGGUUUUAGUGUCAUCCUGGUCCCACUUUCUCUCAUCCUCAUCAUUUACAUCAAUAUCUUCAUUGCCAUCUUAAGGAUUCGCUCAGCCCAGGGGCGGCUGAAGGCCUUCUCCACCUGUGCUUCCCACAUCACUGUGGUCACCACGUUCUGUGUGCCAGCCAUGGUCAUGUACAUGAAGCCUGGCUCAGAGGCCUCCCCAGAAGAGGACAAGAAGCUGGCCCUGUUCUACAAUGUCAUCUCUGCCUUCCUCAACCCCAUCAUCUACAGCCUCCGGAACAAGGAUGUGAAGAGGGCUUUCCUCAAGGUGAUGGGCUGGGGCAGGGCCCCAGAAUGA